AUGGCAUUUACAUUCGUCGCGUUUGCUUACAUUGUCGCACUCAUUCUCACCGCAUUGCUUAUCUUUUUUGCAAUCUGGCAUAUUAUCGCGUUCGAUGAAUUGAAAAACGAUCACAAGAAUCCCAUUGAACAAUGCAAUGCUUUAAAUCCACUUGUUCUACCUGAGUACGGAACUCAUAUAUUCAUCAAUUUACUUUUUCUAUUCGGUGGUCAAUGGUUGACAUUGUUUUUCAACAUGCCAUUGAUUGCCUAUCAUAUCAAUAAAUUCCGCACGCGUUCAAUGCGAAGUGGAUUCGGUGUGUACGAUCCAACGACAAUCAUGAAUGCUCAAAUAUUGAAUUCAGCACAACGUGAAGGAUGGAUUAAAUUAGGCUUUUUUAUGGUUUCGUUCUUCUAUUAUCUCUAUUGUAUGAUCGCGGAACUUAUUCGCGAAUAA